AUGACCACCCAUCGAUGCCACCGUCUUGAAGGAAAGGUUGCUGUUGUUACAGCUGCUACUAAAGGAAUUGGCUUGGCUAUAGCCAUCAGACUUGCAGAAGAAGGAGCUUCUGUCGUGAUUAGUAGUCGCACGCAAGACAAUGUCGACAGUGUAGUCAAAGAGUUGAAAAACAGGGGAUUGAAAGUUGAAGGAACCAUUUGUCAUGUUGCUAAUCCUCAUCAUCAGAAAAAGCUUAUAGAUUUCACACUUGAGAGGUUUGGGAAAAUUGAUAUACUGAUAAAUAAUCAGGGAAUAAAUCCUGCUUUCGGCUCGAUUCUUGAUGUGCAGGACUCAACAUGGGAUAAGCUGUUUGAAACGAAUGUGAAAAGUGGAUGGCAGCUAACAAAGCUUGUACAGCCUAUCAUGGAAAAGAAUGGUGGGGGAAGUAUUGUCUUCAAUUCGUCGUUUGGAGGGUACAAGCCCCCAACGGGAAUCGGAGCUUAUGGAGUAACGAAAACUGCUUUGAUUGGUUUGACGAAGGUAUUGGCUCAAGAACUUGCGUCUCACAAUAUUCGAGUGAACGGAAUCGCCCCGGGUAUCAUAAAGACAAAAAUGAGCAAAACACUAUGGGAUGGUGGAGAAGAAGAAGUGAUUGAAAGCCAGGGGAUACCAUUAGGGCGUCUGGGAAAUACGGAGGAUUGCGCUGGUGCCGUGGCGUAUUUGGUAUCCGAUGAUGCUUCCUAUGUUACAGGAGAAAUGAUUGUCAUUUCCGGAGGAAUUCAUUCUAGAUUGUAG